AUAAUCCAGACCCGGAACCUGACCAACAUGUGCCAGGCCUUCAGGAACCUGUGCGUGAACGGCAGGUGCAUUCCCAUGCCGAGCAUCGGCUACCGCUGCGAGUGCAACAUGGGCUUCAGGCUGGACCCCCGGGGCGAGUGCAUCGAUGACGACGAGUGCGAGAGAAGCCCCUGUGCGCACGGCGAGUGCGUCAACACCCAGGGCUCCUACAUCUGUCAGUGUCCCGCCGGCUUCCAGACCACCGCCACCCGCACCGAGUGUCGAG